AUGCCCAUCAAGUCGGAUUUCCCGGACAUCGACCUUCAGGUCACAGACAUCUGGUCGUUUUUGUUUAAUAGAAAGGACCGGGAAUUUCCUGAUGAUCAUGUCAUAUUCCAAUCCGCCGACUCCCUCUCCAGACAAUACACCUACUCCUCGCUGCGGCAAUCCAGCAUUGACUUCGGCAAGGGCCUCAAGUCCAACUUCAACUUCCGCAAAUCCGAUGUCCUAGGCCUUUUUGUGCCCAACGACGUUGAAGUCCCGCCCGUGGUCCUGGGAACUCUCUGGGCUGGCGGCAUCGUCUCACCCGCAAAUCCAGGCUACACCGUCCCCGAACUGGUCUACCAGCUCAAAGACUCUGGCGCCAAAAUCCUGUGCACACACCUGUCCGCCCUCGAUACGGCGCGAAAAGCCGCCCGCGAAGUCGGUAUUCCAGAGACCCAUAUCAUCCUGCUUGGCGAGCAGCGCGAUGAAUCCCGGAAAUUCAAGCACUGGACACUCAUCCGCAAUCUAGAGGGAACGGCGCGCUACCGGACGCCCAAACUGGAUCCGAAAUCCGACCUCGCGUUUCUCGUCUACUCCUCCGGCACGACCGGCCGUCCCAAAGGCGUCAGACUGACCCAUUUCAACAUGACAAGUAAUGUGGAACAAAUCCACGCCGCCGAGGGGUGGUUGACCUGGAACGGCACCAAGACGCCUCCGAAUAGCAACAUCCCACAUCCCCCCAACGGCCAGGGCGAUAAGAUCCUGGCGUGUCUCCCAUUCUUCCACAUCUACGGCCUCAACUGCCUGGUGCUCAGCCCGAUAUUCAGCGGCGUGCACACGCUGGUCAUGUCGCGGUUCGAGCUAGAGAAGUGGUGCUCGCUCGUGCACAACCACAAAGUCACCUUCAGCUACAUCGUGCCACCUAUCGUGCUGCUCCUGUGCAAGAGCCCUGUCGUGGAAAAAUACGACCUGAGCUCGCUGCGCAUGACCAACUCGGGCGCCGCGCCGCUCACCCGCGAACUCGUCGAAAGCCUGUAUAAGCGCAAGGGCGUGCGCGUCAAGCAAGGGUACGGACUGAGCGAGACAUCACCCACCAUCUUCAUCCAGCGGUGGGAGGACUGGUGGUCUGCCGUGGGCACUACGGGGGUCAUGGUGCCGAACCUCGAGGCCAAGUUCUGCGCCGUGCCCGGCUCCGGCGAGGAGUCGGACGGGUCCAAGGAGCUGCCUCGAGGCAAGGUCGGGGAGUUGUAUGUUAAGGGACCUAAUGUCUUUGGCGGCUAUCAUAACAAUCCCAACGCCACCGCCGAGUGUCUCGAGGAUGGCUGGUUCCGGACCGGCGACGUGGGAUUCCUGGACGACAAGGGCAACUUGACCAUCACGGAUCGCGUCAAGGAGUUGAUCAAAUAUAAAGGCUUUCAAGUGCCCCCCGCUGAACUGGAAGGCUACCUCGCCUCACACCCUCUGAUCGACGACGUGGCCAUAGUGGGCGUCGACUCGCUCGAGCUCGGCACAGAAGUGCCGCGCGCGUACAUUGUACCCAAGAACCGCGCGCUCGUCUCGCCACCCUCGUCUUCUCCCGCCCAACAACAACAACAACAACAGGAGCAAGAACAGCAGCAGCAAAAGCACGCCGCCGAGAUCGUGCAGUGGAUGAACGCCAAGGUGGCCAACCACAAGAAACUGCGCGGCGGAGUCAAGUUCGUCGACGCCGUGCCCAAGAGCGUCAGCGGCAAGAUCUUGCGCAGGGUCUUGAAGGAGCAGGCCAAGAAGGAGUUUCGCGACGAGGAGGAGAGGAAGUUGGGCAGGGCGAGGGCGAAGCUGUAA